AUGGCAAGUGGGCAGCGGCCUCUAUCUGAGCUGAGCCCAGUGGCUCAACGUAGAAACUCCCCGAGCUGGAAUCAACGCACUAAGACCACAGUCGGUAAUGGCGAUUCAUCUCCGUUCGACUCAUUCAAUUCGCCCCAAUCUCCAAGAUUGUUUUGGAAGGGCAGGGAUAGUGGCUCUCCAACCAGGCAGGGCCCUGAAAACAGGAGCCCUUACGACCCGCACGUCUUCACUACCCCCUCCAAAAGAUCUUCCAUUGAAAACUUAAAGCGAGCAUCCCGUGUGAAAAACAGCAGUAUUGUUGCUCGAGAGAAGAAGCAGGAAUACGACCCUGCCCAUAUUCAGGUUCUGGAACGGCCUCUUGCCACUGGUAGACCUCUAAGUUCUCAAUUUAAAAAUAACGCUAAAGAAGCUGGUAGUAUGGAUGCUCGACGGCAGCUACCUUCUCAAUCCGUUUCCCCAGCUAAACAAAAUCCAUCUGCCAGGAAGGGCGAAUCUAUCAAUACAACCAGCGUUGUUCCAAAGUCGGAGGACAUUGUUACUCCGACAGCCUCCCACACAUCCCCAAGCAGGCCUCAGUCAUCUCCAACCAAAUCAUCUCUGACGAGAGGAAGUCGAUUCGGGAAUAAGAGGAUGUCUUUUGAUCCCGAGAAUGAUGUUUGGUCAGAUGACAAGGAUGAGGGCCCAGACACAACACCACGACGUCCCUAUAUGCAUCGCCAGACUAAGAGUGUAACUUUUGAUGCAGCACCACCGCAGAUCAAUGAGUAUGAAAUGACCACUCCAGUUCCAUCAUCAAUUGCCUCGAGUUCACGAGAAGGCAGCUACGAUUCUGCUGAUAUGGACGAAGAGGACAGUUUCGAUCGCGGUUCCUUCGUGGGUGCUGAAGACAGCUUUGACGCAUCUUUGGAAGAUACAGACAAGACUCCUGUUGUUCUGCCAGAGGACUGGCGUUUUAUGAGCCCCGAUAGAGUUCGUGAGGAGCUCCAGGGAGAGGAUGACCCUUUCGGUGAAGAUUUCGGUAGCCUUGGCCCCGACGGGAAAUCUCAUUCCUCGCAGGAACCGCAAUCUAUUGAAUCCCAGGUUGAAUCUCUAGACUCUAACAGCGAUCACCGUCCUCUCCCGCCGCUACCCCCUUCUACUUCCCAGUCUCAAGUGACCCCCGACCGGGCCAGCAGGCUUUCUUUGACCAUGGAACUUGCCAACAGUGGAUCCCGCAAGUUACCUUCCUCGUUGAGUCCAGCCUCUUGCUCGAAGGCUGAAAUAAACCGAAUGGGUCAAGGGUCAGUGUCACUGGAAGACAGGCUUCGCUUGAUGAUGACCCAGGACCAGGAACGGUCCCCGGACGCUGAGAAGCAGCGUGAGCGCAGAAUGAGACGUGCUGGUAUAAAAGACAAGAAUUUUGAUCGUGAAGCUGAGAGCAACCAGUCAUUCAGCGAUACUUCAAGUCCCAGGCAGGACAGCUCUCCUUUCAACCCUCACGUUUCUCUGCCUCAAAUUUCUAGGGAGUCUAUUUUAAGAAAUAUCAGAAACCAAAAUAACGACGAAAAUGAGGACUUUUCAUCGCCACUUCGUAGCUCUAGUCCUCGAUUUCACACUCCCUUAGAUCCUGACGUCCCCAUCCCCUCUUUGGAGACAGACGAGGAAGAAGUCAUCAUCAAGGAAGAACCUGCUGAGGAUGACGAUGUUUAUGAUAUCUCUGAGUAUUAUUCUCGGGAUGCACACGACGACCAUGAAGUUCAAGGAGAUGAUUAUGAUAACGAAAUGCAGCAUAACAUUGAAAAUGGAUAUGCAAACUCAUAUAACAGUCCUGACCAGCCAACUUUCGAUGGCUCUGGAGAUUCAACAGAUGGCCAAAGCACGCCAGUACCGGAAAAUUCGCUACACCGACGCAACCAGCCUAAUCUGAGUCCAGGCCGCUCUGAGGUUUCCGGUAUAACCGGCGAAUAUAACUCUGAGCUUGACUUAAGUUCGUACGUUGACCGCUCUUCAACGCUUGAUGAAGCCUCUAAGCUUGCCCCCGCACUGGAUAUGAGGUCGAUUCGGGAUUCCCUCCAUCGUCCAGAAACUCCAAAUGAUCAUGACAGCCAGGCAUCAAGAAGUGUUCAUGAUAGCGAUCAUGACGGGCCCUCAACACCUGAAUCGGUCAUUCAUCAUUCUGUUAACGAUGAGGUGCGUCCUUCUGAAGAGCCCGUUGCUAUUCCGGAUCCUCUUGCGACCGUAAAAUCCGCCAACGGAAGCCUGAAGACGAAGCCAUCUCUGAGUCCUGCAGAUGUCCAUGAGAUGGCGGCAACUCGGCGUAAAGUAAGUGGGCAGGGGCCACCUAUACCGUCAAUACCAGAAUCGACAACCGAAUCCCAGCCCAGUUAUGGAGAGCAUGGGGAUCAUUCCAUCUCUUUCCUGGCCGAUCUUCCGCAACUUAGUGUGGCAGCGCCAGUCGUUAAUGACAAGCGGCAAAGCUCACUGGUGAAACUCGAUAUCCCAGUGAGCACUACCGAUGAAAGCUUAGGGUUUGGACUUGACCUGGAAUUUGACCGUGUUAUUGAGGCCCAAAAGGUUGCGUUUGACCAUUUUCUUUCCCAGCAGCCCCGUUACCCUACCACCUUCAUGGACACAACCAAUACGAACAUGCAACAAUCAUCUUUGUCCAAUUUGAUGCCAUCUGAAAAGAGAGAAAUUCCCUUAGAUUGUGAUAGUAUUGCUAAUAAUGUUACAACUCGACAGAGGGGCUACCUCAUGAGGCAGAAUACCAAAGUUAUUGUCGCUAGCAGCAACGCAGAUGAGUCAACAGAUGCGAACGAUUCACCUGUGGAUGGCGACCCAAGAGGGACAAAAUCUGCAGGAAAUUCUCCACGCAAACCAAGCCAGCAGACCUGGACCACCGAACCAUGGAAUGGAAAAACGAGACGCCAAAGCAUCAAGCUAGCAGGUGGCAUGCCAAAGAAGAAAUCAGUUCCCGGAUCUGUUCCUCCAUUGCCAGGACAAGAGAGCAAUGCAAAGCAAGAAGACGGUGUGGACGAACAGGAUAAUAUUCCAGGAGAGGAAUUUGAAGAGGGCGACGAAAGGGGGCGACUGUUUGUCAAAGUCGUUGGAGUGAAGGAUUUGGAUUUGCCGCUAGCACGAGGUGGCCGGUCUAGUUUUGCCCUCACUCUUGAUAAUGGCCUUCACUGCGUAACAACAUCGUGGCUCGAACUUGGCAAGUCUGCUCCCAUCGGCCAAGAAUUUGAAUUGGUCGUUCUUAACGAGCUUGAGUUCCAGUUGACCCUUCAAAUGAACAUGGAGGAACUCAAAGUUAAGCCCAGCCAACCUGUUGUGUCGUCGCCUGGAAAGCCGACAAAAUCGCACAAGACCUCCACCUUCAGUCGUGUGUUCGCAUCCCCGAAGAAACGAAAGGAAUUGGAACAAAAGCAGCAACUGGAAGCCCAGCAGCUCAAACAGCGGAAAGCCGAAGAAAAGGCUCUGGCUGAGAAAAAGAACCCAUUGGAUGCGCUGCGUCAUUUAGUUGCCAGCGAUGGGAGCUUUGCUCGUGCUUACGUGUCUCUAAGUGAUUACGAGAAAGCGGCUUUUGGAAGACCGCUGACCGUCGAUGUCACUUGUUUCAAUGAGUGGGCGACUGACCCAGUUAAUAAUUCGAAGAACAAGCGAUCAAUGGCUAAUUCCGCAGGAUCUGGCGUGCAACAACGCCCCCCAUACAAGAUUGGCAACCUGGAACUUCAGCUUCUCUAUGUCCCUAAGCCGAAAGGGGCCACGGAUGAUGAUAUGCCGAAGAGUAUGAAUGCCUGCAUUCGGGAGAUGAAAGAGGCUGAUAACGUGGCUGCGAGAGCGUGGGAAGGAUUUUUGUCUCAACAGGGUGGUGAUUGUCCGUACUGGCGUCGACGUUACUUUAAACUUCAGGGGUCGAAGCUUACAGCGUACCACGAAACUACUCGCCAACCUCGGGCAACCAUCAAUUUGGCGAAAGCAUCCAAAUUGAUUGAUGAUAGGUCUACAUUAACCCAAAAGGAGACGUCAGGGAAAGGCGGUCGUCGACGUAAAUCAGCUUUCGCGGAGGAAGAAGAGGGCUACAUGUUUGUUGAAGAAGGGUUCCGCAUCCGGUUCGGCAAUGGCGAAAUAAUUGAUUUUUACGCGGAUAGUGCCCUAGAGAAGGAAGGCUGGAUGAAAGUCCUUGCCGAUGUUGUUGGGAAGGGACAAACUGCCGGUGCCGGUGGACAGCCCAAGGCUUGGACGGAGCUUGUUCUUAAGCGGGAACGUAGCAUCGCUGCUAAAAUUAAAGCCGCUGGUCGCGGUAUGGGACAAGGUAUCGGGUCCCAUCCACCGCCGAGUCCUACGAAGGAUCAGUUUGGUCCACCGUUAGUGGGAACGGGAACCACACCAAAACCCAAACAUCAGCAUAACCUUUCCCAACCUGAGGCUGGAAAACAUGGUUCUAGCCACCGGAGGAAGGGAUCAUUCGUCUACUAUUGACGGCUCACUUCUCCUUUCAAUGCCCUGUUCCUUCUAAAUCUCCUUGAAUUUUCAUUUCUCUCGUUUUCUCAUGCUGGCCCUGAGUCCAUCUGCACCUUUUAUAUUAGUGAUUUUUAGUGAUUUCCCACUCAAUAUCUGUCUGCUCGUUUUUUCCUUUUUUUCUUUUUUCAUAUGUUGUCCUUUUCCUCCCCCCCCGAUAUCUUCACUCCCAUGUGAGGGCAAUACGAGCGCACCCUCUCUUUUUGCUCUUUUCUUGGAAUGAAAUAUUCCGGAACCUCUUUGUUUCCUUUGAAAUAUGUCCUACAUCUAGCUUUUUCCUUGUCAUCUUGCCUUGCCUAUUUUCCUUUUUCUCUUCCACGUCUUUUAGUAACGCUCCCUUCCUUCUUGUGUCCACACUGAUUUAUUUCAGCGACGAAGAAAAGAUUGAAAAAUAACAACUCGAAAUGUCAGCGAGAUUUGAACGAUUAUUAUGAUGCCGCUGUUUUCCUUUUUGCUUGAAAUUCAGUUUUUUUUUUGAACCCCCUCCACACCGUACAGUAAUUUGGGCCAUGGAUGGCCUGAUUUACUACUCCCGUGACUGAUUGUCUUUUUUGCGUUCUGUACAUUGUCUUUUUGACUUUUUGUCAACUCGUAUCUGACAGGUUCCAUAAUGUGGAGGAUCUGGUUGAUGUCUGCUGCGGCUGACUUUUUGAUAGUAAAUAUUGUUGCGUUGUGACUUUGCUUCUUGUAAAUGUACUGUCUUAUGAUAUAAAUGGAAGAAUUCCUUGCUUUUUAA